CCGCGUUCAGGCUAUAGUUCGGUUUCAGAGAUUGUUCCGUGCGUACACUUCUCGCAAGAACGGCAAGCGCUACGACGCCACACAAUUUGCUUUACUGCAGCAGCAAGCAAACUGACUGGACGUGUGUUUAAAUUCGCCCUUACCGUUUAACACCGUGAACUGCUUCCACCACUGAAACACCACCGAGAAAGUUUACCGUGUGUUUAUGUGUGUUGUUUAGUAACUGCCAAAGAAGGAAGUACAAAGCGAGAUAGUAUCGCCACCUCACCUGGAUCACCUUCAAGUACAAAGAAGUCCUGUCGGAUUGGAACAUCCAGCCAACAUAAAAAAAACCCCAAACAACCCCGAGUGCAAAGUGUGCCAGUGCUGAUCCUCACACCCAGAAGUUAAGAAAGAGACACACCAAAACACCAUGUCGGCAUCACCGAUCGCUCGUCAGGCUUGCGCCUCCAUCUCCCAGGCCAUCCCGUCCAAGCGGGUGCUCAUCCAUGACGCAUCCGAGCUGCCGGAUCUCUACUCCUCCACGCCCGGUGGCACCCUGUACUCGACCACACCCGGAGGUACGCGUAUCGUGUACGAGCGAGCAUUUCUGAUGAACCUGAAGAAUUCACCGUUGGCACGCACGCCACCGAGCAAUGUGCCACUGAACCUGCUGCGAUCAAGCGGAAGCCCCAACGCGAAACCGCUGUCGACACUAUCGGUGGUGAAGCAGCAGAAACCUGCCCGUAACUCACCGCCAAAGUACGACGAGCAUCAGGAGCAGUUCGAUAUGGAUCUGUAAGCGGUCCGGAUGUGGCGAACGGACAGCUCUGUCCUUCGUGCUGAGAAUUCCACCACACACCAUCCAGGAAAGGGAAAGUUCUCAAGCGGACGGGACACCAAUUCGUUGGACAGUAAUGCCCCGUACCCGUACCAAGGAGCAGAGGGUCGUCCAAAGCAUCGGGGAUGUGGAGCAGAUAUUACUAUUACUUUCAUUUUGCAAUUUUCGUUUUACCUUGUUAACUUUGUUACGCACGUGCAGUGCCAGCGGGGCGGACCGUGGGACCGUGCUUUUGAGUAAUAUUAGGCAUCUCUGAGUAUUGUGAGCAGCCAAUGGGCCAUGGCAAGCGGGGGAAGCGAUGGUAUUGCUAGUCAGCGGCAAGACCACUGACGGGUCGUCCACACUUCUCGCCUUACUAACGAGACCGACGCGCUAACAAACCGCACCCAGAGAGAGUAGACAUCUCGAUAAAUCGUUGGAUGUAGACUUUAUAAGUUUAUCGUUCCUUCGGUAGUAAGAUUAGCGUGCUAUGUGUUUUAACGUGUACACAUACACACACACACACCGGUAGCCACGUAAGGAUCACGGCGACACGCCGUUUUUCUUUUAUAAGUUUAACAUUUGUUCGGUUCACAUCACCAGCAAGGCAAAAGGCGACCAUUUUGCUAUGGACGAUCAGUAGAGUUGUCACUGAGAUAACAAAAAAAAACCUCCACAAAACUAGCAUCCAUUGCGUAUAAGGAUAAGGAAGAGAGCAGGAGAAUAAGGUGAACAGGUCGAACCAUACGUUACUACACAAGUCAACAAGUCUGUUCUCUAGCAAAGCGCCACCGAGGACGGUUUGUUUGACGAUCGAUUAAGUACGAUUAUUUUUUCCUAACGCUAGUAGCCGUACUCCACACAAGCUGGACGGAAAUGUAAGCAAAGAAUUCUCAGGAUUCGGUAAUUCGCCCACAUUCGUGUCGCGCCGGAUCCCUACACAUUUGCUAGAUGAUGAGCAUAGCUUAUCGCUUCACUACGGUCGAUAAAGGGAUACCGCGUUGAUGUUUGCUGAGGCCCUUCUCCAGAAGAGAGAGAAAAAAAAACAAUGGAAGCAAGGCACACGCGCCUGGAACAAAAGCUUAGGGUGCAGAUUUGAUUUUUGUUUUGUCCUGUUUUAAAAAGCAACCUACUGGUGAUUUGUGAUAAAAUGUGAAAGAUUUCAUUGACUGCAUCCACCGAUGAUACCCGGACCUGUCGCGCGGUCGGACAGAUACGAGCUCUAGCGUUGCGGGUUGAGGGAAGAGAAAGGAAUCUUUCAUAGUUUUGUAUUGUUUAAGCCAAGAGUAUAAUUUUAUUGUCUGUAAGAACUCAUAAAGCCAGAAUGAAGGAGAUAAAAUGUUUCGAAAAGAGUACA